AUGGCGAGAGAAACUCAAAAUGUGAAUCCUCUGACACGCAGCAGCAGCUAUGACCUCCUGCCACCUGACAUGCCUGAGCUGAAGGUUGUUGUGCUGGGAAACAGAUGGUCUGAGCGGAGGGAAGUGGGGAACUUUCUACUGGGAAAAAAUACAACCAUUGCAGAACCUGACCACUGUUUGAAGCUCAGAGAAGAAUUUGAGGACAAACACAUAACCAUCAUUCACACCCCAGAUCUACUGUUUCCUAAAAUGGACAAAGUGACAGAGUUCAUACAACAAUGCCAUAUACUAUCUAAUCCUGGACCUCACGUGUUCCUGCUGGUUCUACAUCUUGAAGACUUCACUGAGGACCACAAACAGAAACUCUGUAGAGUCCUUGAGAACUUCAGUGAUCAAUCAUUUGAUCAUUCUCUGGUUCUGAUGACAACAUCUGGAAUGAUGAGACCUGAGUGGAUGAUAACAAAUCCAGCAUUAAAAGACAUGAUCAAAAAAUGUAGAUACAGACACUUAAGCUGGAGGUACCUUGAACGUUUAGAGCUGCUAACACGUUUGGGUCAGGUUGUAAAAGAGAACAAUGGACGGCAUGUACAAUUAUCUGUGGACACAGAGGAACCAGCAAGUACAGGAUUGAGUGAUGCCCUACGCUCAACACUUCACAUCACAAAGACUCUCAAUGCUGCUGGUAAGUCAUGGAACAACUUUGAAUGA